AUGGCGGCUUUCGCUCCUCUGAGAGGGUUGACUAGAUGGGGCUCUUCCAUCUGCAGAAGCCAGCGUUUCAUACUGAACAGGACUGGUGCCAACAGAGGAAUAGCUUCAAGUAUAGACCCUUCACAUGGACUCUCAGACGAACAAAAGGAGUUUCAAAAGGUUGCUUUUGACUUUGCAGCCAAUGAAAUGGCACCACAAAUGGCAGAAUGGGACCAAAAGGAAAUCUUUCCUGUGGAGACUAUGAGAAAAGCUGCCCAGCUGGGCUUUGGGGGCAUUUAUGUUCAACCAGAUGUUGGGGGAUCUGGCCUGUCCCGACUCGACACAUCUGUUAUCUUUGAGGCUUUGUCAACAGGAUGUGUCAGCACUACAGCAUACAUCAGUAUCCACAAUAUGUGUGCAUGGAUGAUCGACACGUUUGGCAACACUGAACAAAGAGAGAAGUUUUGUCCUGACCUUUGUGCAAUGGAUAAAUUUGCUUCAUAUUGUCUGACUGAACCAGGUAGUGGCAGUGAUGCUGCAUCCCUCCUGACAACUGCCCGUAAUAAUGGAGACCAUUACAUAAUGAAUGGCUCAAAGGCUUUCAUCAGCGGAGGAGGAGAUACCGAUGUUUAUGUUGUGAUGUGCAGGACAGGAGGCAAAGGUCCCAAAGGCAUUUCAUGUCUAGUGGUGGAAAAAGGGACGCCUGGUCUCAGCUUUGGUAAAAAGGAACGCAAGGUGGGCUGGAAUUCGCAGCCAACCAGAGCAGUAAUAUUUGAGGACUGUGCAGUUCCUGUGUCCAACCUGCUCGGUGAAGAAGGACAAGGAUUUAAUAUCGCUAUGAAAGGCUUGAAUGGAGGCAGGAUCAAUAUAGCGUCUUGUUCCCUUGGAGCUGCACAUGCAUCGUUGUUGUUGGCAAGAGAGCACCUUUCAGUUCGUAAACAGUUUGGAGAAACACUGUCCAACAACCAGUAUCUUCAGUUCCAACUGGCAGAAAUGGCCACGAAACUCAUAGCAUCUCGACUAAUGGUGCGAGAGGCUGCCAAAGCUCUCCAAGAGGGACGAUCUGAUGCCGUUUCUCUCUGCUCCAUGGCAAAACUCUUUGCUACAGAUGAAUGCUUUUCUAUCUGCAACCAGGCCCUUCAGAUGUAUGGUGGAUACGGUUACCUUAAGGAUUACCCCGUUCAGCAGUUUGUCCGAGACAUUAGAGUACAUCAGAUUCUGGAAGGUACAAAUGAAGUCAUGAGAAUGAUUAUUUCAAGAAAUUUGUUAUCAGAGUCUUGA